CCGACUAACCCAUACUGCGCAGACGCAUUACAAUUUUCUGAAAUGGCGACGUACGUGUGCUCGAGUCUUUGGAGAAAGCUGAGGACAAAUUUACAUUUUUUGAGGCAGUUCAGCAGUCGCCAAUCAAGCGUGGCUACCUCCUCAAGCAGAGUUAAGGCCCUAGCAAUUGGAGCUUGCACUUUUUGUGCUACUGGAGGAUUUUUUUGGAUGAAAUGUCGUCCGCAAAUAAGACGAGGGGGAGUGUUUCCGUUAAGAACAGUGAACGCAAUUGAGGUGCAACGUGCGAGAAUGGGAAAAGUCCUUUGGACAUGGGCUGAUGACUAUUCAAACUAUCCCAUUUCAGACAAGGAGGAGCGAUUCAGGGCCUUUGCCUCCUGUGAAUACAAUGGCCAGAUCUACAUGACAAUGCAAGAUUUUUUAGAGUCUGUCACAGAAGAAAAUCCUCGACCUCGCAUUGGCCGUUUUCAACUUCAGGAUGAAAAGGUGAAAUUUAUGCUGAAUAACACCAUAUCCAAGAAAAAGGAGUCAACACAGCUUUUCCGAACCAUCAUGGAUAAAGGUAUCAUCUCAUAUACUGAAUACCUGUUUCUGUUGUGCAUUCUUACAAAACCCAAGGCAGGUUAUGAAGUUGCAUUCAAGAUGUUUGAUCGAGAUGGAAACAAGAAAAUAGACCGCAGAGAAUUUCUUCUGAUGGAGGAGAUAUUCCGCAAAAAGACAGAAAGCGAGAAGGGCAACGAAUUUGUGAGUUUACUAACCAAAUACCGCAGCACACUAGACUCCGGUUCUGGUGAGAGUAGCACUGGGAGUGGGCCCACAAGAGAACUGGACAUGCAGGUUCAGGAAACAACCUUGCUGCGGUAUUUCUUUGGUGCAAAGGGCACUGACACACUGGAUUAUGCAACAUUCUGCAUGUUUAUGGACAACUUACAGGCAGAGGUGCUCGAACUAGAGUUCUAUGAGUUUUCUAAGGGAAUGCCUACCAUAUCUGAGGCUGAGUUUGCCCAUGUUUUGCUGAGGUACACCAAUAUGGAUGAAGACAAGAUGAAAGAAUUCAUACAGACUGUGCGGGAGAGGAUGCCUGAGGAAAAGGGCAUCAACUUCAUGAACUUCAAGGAUUUCUUCCAGUUCCUGAACAACUUGGAUGACUUUGAGAUUGUUCUUAAAAUGUUUGCUUUUGCUGAUCAGCCCAUGAAUGAAGCGGAGUUCGGCCGUGCAGUUCAGGUAGCUACAGGUCACAUUUUGGAUCCUCAUGUGGUGCAUACAGUGUUCCAGAUAUUUGACAAGGAUGGAGAUGGAAAACUCAGUCAGAAUGAAUUCUUGGGAGUAAUGAAGAAUAGAAUACACCGUGGCUUCAGGACGGAACACCUCCAGAAGCCUGUGGGUUGGCAAGGAUUCAAGGCGUGUGUCAAGCAAGAGCUGAAGCAGAAGUGAAUGUUUCUCUGAACCGGUUGCAGAGAUGCUUCAGUGCCAGGGUUGCAUUCUGUUUUCUAUCCUUUCUGGGUCAAAGAAUAUCAGUACGUGUAUAAUAUGUUGCUGCUAUCAACAAAUGGAUAAUAUAUGUAGAGACUUUUGGCUGCCACAUUAUUAAAUUUAAUUCUUUGGGCAAUGGUAGCCAUUUUAAGUUCAAAUCUUGUGUUAUGGUAACUGGUCCAUAUGUAGAUAGACUCAAGCAGUAAUCACAAUUACAAAACACUACCGAGGUAUAUGCAUGUAGUACAUGUAUAUGUCAUUUUGUGCUGAAGUCACAAGUGAAAAUAUGACAUGUGGGCACGUGUUCAGGUAAACUUGAUGACAGGUGCACUAACUACAACCACAAUGUUUCUGCUAGGGUAAUGACCUAAUAAACAGAUUUAUAAGUCCCCGCAGGUGAGGCUUUACAGUCUCUCAGACUCAUGAACUCAGACUCUGUCACUCUCAGACUCACUCAUUUGUCAUGGAUAAAUAUGUGUACCCUAGACUCUUAACAGACAAUUUGCCUGCACACUUUUAGCUAUGACUGGUCAUUUGACUACAAGACUGUGCCAAAAAGCUGUCAUGCAAGUUGAGGGUGUCUGUCAAAUGGCUUCAUGGCAGAAUGAGUUUGAAUGUUAGUCAACUGUCUGGAACAUUGGAAAUCCAUGCAAUAGAAUAAAUUAGCUUAUAUGGCAGUAGGUACAUAAUUAAGCAUUAAUACAGUCCAUAGGGAGUGGCUGGAAUAUAAUCAUAUUCAUUGUGGCCUGUUUCCUGUGUUUUUGUUAACUUAUUUGUAUAGUAUGUGCAUGAAUGCAAUCAAAGCUUUAUCUGACAAGAUUAACCUUGAAUAUCAAUGUAGAAUCCUUUAUCAGUAGCUGGCCAAUUUGGCAGAAAAAAGACAGAUUUGUGAUUUAUACGGUAAAAUUAAUGUGGUAAAUGGUCGAUUUAAUUUCAAUUAUCUUAAACAAAUGACAGCUUUCUACUUUCCAUGCAUUGUUAUAUCAUUUUUAACCCUCCUUUUGCUGCAACUGUCACAGACAGUCCAAAAUUCUUUCUACUUGAUUUGUCCCAGUACACUGACAUGUAAGGGUCAUUGGACUGAUUUUGACUGAUAAGACAACCAUGUCAAGAAUGCAUCUUUGCAUAGGAGUGUUCAUGUACAUGAAAUUACUUUUGAAAAAUUGAACCUAGAAACUUCUGAAUGUUAACUAACACAAGUUACGUCAAACUAUCAUGCAGACUCCAGUUUACUGUUUCUAUCUCUAUACCUUAACUUCAGUACCUUAACUUCAGACAAGGCCAAAUUUAAGGGUAUUUUUAUCUUGGGUCAAGGGGUACAGUGGCUCUGAAGUAUCUCUCGUCACUAUGCAUAAACUCGCCACUAAGGAGCCAUUUGCAGUCAAUUUGGAUAAGCACCAAUAUACCACCAGAAGGUAGUUACCUUCUCAUAGGCUAGUCUAUUUUGCCUUCACAACAUUCUGUAGAUCUCGUAAUGGUCAGUCAACUCACAAAAAGGAAAACAAUAGAAGCAACAUUGUUUCAUUUUUGCUGAUUUACAUGUAUUUUAAAAUGAGAUUUAUUUGCUGUUUUGUACUGAACUUGUCAUAGUCAGCUAGCAUUUAAAAUACUUCAAUACUAUAUGACACCUUCCCAAUGAAUACAUUUACAAUUUCUGAAAAUAAUAUCAAGUUAAUGAUCAAUUGUUGAUAUGCAGAUAUUAAAAUACCAGAUUUGAAGAAAUUGA